AUGUCGCUAGUUCUAUCUUUUGGAAGGCCAAUGGUGGUACGAGACAUUAUUCGUCGGAGUAUCAACUCUUCUCAGACUCUGUUGCUGAUGAAGACUUUAGGUAAUAGAAUAACUGAGCCUUUCCAUUCGUUACCGCUCCGAUCACGCUCAUUCAGUAAUACAGUGUUUUUUCGUUGCUAUGCAACAGAGACCGAGGAAGAGAAGUUGCAGAAGAAAGAGAGGCGCAUGGAAAAAAUAGAGCAGGAAAAGCGCCAGUUAAUCAACUUUGGACAUAAGUUCAAUAAAAUGGGGGGAACCAAGGUUGUUAUUGCUUAUUUUGGACUAGAAGCUGCUUUUUUCCUCGGAAUUUAUGGUGCUUUUAAAGCUGGGUUAGUUACUCCCGACGCUAUUGUUGCGCUGAUGAAUAAGUAUGAAAUCACUGCCCGUUUUUCGCAUCUCAUUGCAAACAAUCCUAAUGCGAGCCUUUUGACUUUAGCCUACGCUACGAACAAGCUAACUUCUCCGCUCCGAAUGGCACUUACGGCAGCCUACGGAACGUACAUCGUCGACAAGAACAAGAAGAAGAAUAAAAUAAACGAGGGAGAGAUGAAGGCUUGUGGAAAGGAUGGCCAGUGUGGCUGUCAUGGAGGAGAAGGCAAGGAAGGUGGUUGUUGCCAUGGAGGAAAUGGCGGAUGCAAGGGAGGAGAAGGAGGUUGUUGCCAUGGUGGAGAAGGAGGGCGAAUGCAAAUGCCAUGGAGAGGGAGAAGGUGGUUGUAAAGGCAAAGGAGGGUGCAAGGGAGAAGAAGGAGGUUGCUGCCAUGGAGGCAAUGGUGGCUGUUGUGGAGAAGGAAAGGGAAAGGGAGAAGGUGGUUGUAAAGGAAAGGGCAAGGGCGAAUGUAAAUGCCAUGGAGAAGGAGAGGGAGAAGGAGGUUGUUGCCAUGGAGGCAAUGGAGGUUGCCACGGAGGCAAUGGAGGUUGCUGUGGAGAA